AUGAGCAGUGAAGUUGACAGUUUUCUACAGCAAAUGCGCGAGAACACUUAGGAAUUAAGUGCUUUAGAGGAACUUGGGCUAUACAUGAACAAAGUCAAUGAUAUUCAUUCAGUCGAAUCAAAUAAAGUCCAUGAUGAACUCAAAAGUAAAACUAUUUAAAAGAUGGAAUUAGAAUUCUAUAAAGAUACUCUUGGAUUUGAAUUAGAGCCAAUUUAGGAAACAGAUGGAUUAGAGUACAAGAUAAGUAUUAAUGGAUAGGUCUUAGUUGAAAAAAUGAAGCUAAUUUAAUUGAACAGGGAGAGAUAGUCAAUCGAUACCCUUAAGAUGAUACAAGAAAAAAAUCCAUCUAAGAAAUUACAAGGUUAUAGAAGUAAAUUUUUAGACAUCAUCACUUCUAACUAUGAUGUUUAGCGGACAAGCGAUGAUAUUUGA